UUCAGGUCAAGUCACCUUGGUGUAACAGAUAAUCAGAAAAGAUGGCUUGUGGUGGGAAUAGCACUCAACAAGAUCCUUGUCCCACAGAUCCGUCCUUUUGUGGAACAAGAGGUUGAUAAAGAAUACAACAAUCUCAAGACAAGCCACAAUAUUCAUUUACAAAGUACAUCCAGUCGUCUUCAAAGGUGGCCUGCAAGAAAGUUUUUAAAGUAUGAGAACAUCAAUGGUAACAGUCGUCACCCAAAGCUUCCUGGUGGAAAAUACAACAUUUUCCUGUUUGAUUGUAGAGUGUUAUCUCACACUGAUUUUGCUAAGUUGUACGUUGAAAACUUCAUGGCUAAGUUCAGUGCUUUUGAUGACCAAUGCGAUGCUUCAGCUGUACUCACAUUACUUGGUGGUGUGCCUGUGUUCUCAACUGCUGUGCAAGCUGCAGCUGGUGAUGUCAGGAAUGUUAGGAAUGACUGGGCGCACUGUGACUUCAGUAAGUGGGAUCCUGUUAAGUUUCAGCAGAGCUUUGUUGUGAUGGAACAGCUGGUGAGAGUUAUGGCUCUACCUGCUGCAGAUGAAGCUAAACUCCUUGGAGAACUGAAAGAUUGGGAGACUAAAGGUACUAUAUAUACAUGUACUUCAUAUUAUUAUACAAUUAAUGAUGAUCGAGUAUUAUUAGUGUUUGUACAUUUUUAACAUUUUCUAACCUUAGUCUGAGCUGAAAGGUGCUGUAAAACAGGAUACUAAGUAUACAGCUAUUUCGAGAAAGGUUGUCGGAAAAAUGUGCAUGUGACAAUCCUGAAAGGUAAUAUGGGAUAUGAUCAGUACAAUGUUUCUGAUAACUGUACCCGUCGAACCUACUUUUGUUGCUUUCGUUUAGCACUCGCAAACACAUUUCUACGGCCUUUCGUACCAAUUCUUUCAAAUUUCUUUAAAGAACAGUGAACUUAAAACCACCCACAAUGCCUAAAUCGGGAUUGUCGCGUGCACUUUUUCCAACAACCUUUCUCGAAAUAGCUGUUUACAUGGGUAUAGCUACCAGCUGUACCCCAGUAUGGACAAACAAAUAGAUGGAAAUCAACAGAAGCCAAAUGAGAGAAAGCUAAAAAAAGGUGCAAUUCCUUUGAUUUGUAACUCCACUUUAACUUUUUUGAGAUCAUUUUUUUUUCAAGACAAGGGGAGUGCGUUAUUUUCUCCAAUUUUUCCACAUUGGCAAGCUUUGGCAAUUUAGCCCUUUAAUACUGCUACUUGAAUAGCAUGGUGCUAAGAUCAAAAGAGUUGAGUUCCUCACCAUACUGAUAAAACUGAAAAAUGGAAAUUCAAUCAAGUCACCUGGACGAAAAUGAUUUGGGUGAUGGGAUAGGUUUGAUUUGGGAAACUGCUUGUACCUCUGGAAUAUCUCUAGCUAUGGCUGUGGUAGCAUACAAAAACUUAUCCCUUAACCUCAUUAAGCCCCACUGUACACCUCCAACAGAAAGAAGAAAGCUUAUCUCAACUGAUUUCAGUGAAAAUGAUUUCUCACUCCGCAUUCUUAAUUUCAUUUUCAAACGGUUCUUAAAACAAGAGGGUUCUUAAAACAAGAGCUGUUUUUUAGGGUUCGAAUGUUCCGCUUGAUAAUUGUGUUAAAGAAAGGAUUGCCCCAUAGUGGUUUGAAUGUGAAGGUUUAAAGACUAAGUAUGGCUUUAACCCAGAAGGAUUAUUUAUACUUUUAAGAAACUAGUCCUUUGGACAUUUGGUGAUAGGAUUUUCAGUUAGCUGUUCAAAUUUUUUGCUGUACAUAUCAGGGGCACCCAACGAGAAUAUAGUUCAAAACCACUUAAACAUAGCAUUAAUUGUUAAACGUAUUUUAGUAUUUAAACGGUAGAUAUAGGCAUAUUUUUAUCCCCUAAAAACUUUUCAUCUGUUCGGAUUUCCUAGCUGAAAGUCUAGUGCUCAGAAAAUUAUAGGGAUCAAAACUUACCUUUUCGAAAAUUUCAGCCAGAAACAAGGCUCCCGAAAAUUCUAGGUCACCUUUUUGGGGUAAAAAUCCGUUAAAAAUGGGCAAUUAUACCAUUUUUUAGAUGUUCGAAAAUCCUAGGAGAGGCAGGCAAGCAAGAAAUUUUACAACAAAGGUUUCGAAAAUUCUAGAUCUCAAAUAGUCUUCCGAACAGAUUUUCUUCCGAAAAUUGUCGUUGGGUGCCCCUGACAUAUGGAUACUAAUGUAUAAAUUACUGAUCUUCCCGCUUUGUUUACAGGGACUCUGUUGUGCAUGAACUCUCCUGUAGACCCAGCGCUGCUUCAACUUACCCAGCAAGAAGUAAAAUUUUUACGAGAUAAUGUCAACAACUUGUCAGUAGAAUUUGACCAGGAAAAGGUGAGGGUACAACAAGAACUGCAAAACGCUGCCAUAAGUCUUCAAGAGAUGAAACAGACGGUGAAAAGACUGAAGAAUUUUCAAGGUAAUCCUGUUAAACCUCUCCCAGCCCAUUUUCAUAUUACUGACGUCAUUAUUGCACAGAAAAAUAAUAAUAUAAUAGUUUCCUGCUUUUUCUUUGCCUUUGGGAUCAUUUAAUAAUUGCAAACAUUGCGCUUCUGUUUUGUAGCGGAUUCAGAUCAAAGGUUUGAAAAUCUGGAGACUUUCCAAGGUAAUCGUGUUUAACCUCUCCCAGCCCAUUUUCAUAUUACUGACGUCAUAAUUGCAAAGAAAUAAUAAUAUAAUAGUUUCCUGCUUUUUCUUUACUUGUUGGAUCAUUUAAAAAUUGCAAACAUUAUGCUUCUGUUUCGUAGAGGAUGCAGAUCAGAGGUUUGAAAAUCUAGAGACUUUUCAAGGUAAUCCACUGACGUCAUUAUUCCAAAAAAAAAAAAACACAUAUAUAUAUAUAUAUAUUAAAAACUGAAUCAUUAAAGAAGAUGCGACUUUUUAAAACACUUAGCUACAACAAAUUGCGACAAAACAUUUCUUAAAAACAUUUUUUUAAAAAAAAUUAAAAAGUUAAAAAAUACACGACGUUUCGACUUUACCCGGAACAUCAUUAUCAAGUAAAACUAAAUAAAAUAUGUAUGUUCUACAAAUACAAGAAAAGCAAUAGUUCAUUUAAAAGGAAAGUAACAAAUAAAAAUAUGUUGCAAGUUAAACAAAGAGUUUAGCACUGAUGAAGUCACUCUGGGUGUUAAGGCUUGGCCUCCGUUCUUUGAUGAGUAGCAUUUCAUAAAUGAGGCAGUCAAAUCUUCCAUGGCACUUCUUGAGAACGCGAAAUUGGCCAUCAUUAAGAAGAUUUUUGUCACCGUGAGCUUCUAGAAAAUGUUUACCGAUAGCUGAAUACUUUUCUUCAGCAAUGUGUUGAUGAAAGUGUCGGGCUGUGUAGCAUAAUCUGCAUCACACAUAUCACAUGCAAAUUUGUAAACAACGCAAUGCUGACUUACAAUACUCGGCCUAAUUUCUUUUGGCUUAAGAUCUUGCUCCAAUUUUUUGCUAACAAAAAUAGGCUGUAAAGUCACGGCAAUCUUAUUGCUGAGAUCACGUACUUGCCUGCGGACUACGUUAGCGGCUGUCUGAUCUUUGAAGGGAAGAACUAUUCUUAUCGCGUUGCCAUCAUCGGUUUUCCCUUCUGGCUUAGUGUAAUAUUUUGAAUAAACAUAUUAAUUGGAUAAUCAAGUCGGCAGAAGAGAGAGCGUAACUUGGCACAUUUCUCAUUGAAGGCUUCUGUCGUAGAUUACAGGGAUGUCGUAGAUGAAUCAUUGGAUAAUGCAAUUCUAGGGCUCUGAUUGGCUUAGCCAUCAUGGUAUAUGAGCCAUUAUACCAUGCUCUCCAAAUAUGGUAACUGUACACGUCUGCUCAAAAUUAAAAACAAGCUGAAAAUCGGUUGUUUUUACAAAUAAAGUCGGGAAGAAUUCUCGAUAGUUGUGGGCGUUUUUAAUAAGCAAUUAUUCUUCUCGUGCUUGUUGGACUAUGAGGUGGUAGAUAGCCAACUCAGCGCUACGCGCCUCGUUGGCUAUCCUCCAUCUCAUAUCCAACGUGCACUCGAGGAAUAAUUGUUAAAUAUAUAAUAGUUUCCUGCUUUUUCUUUAUUUGUGGGAUCAUUUAAAAAUUACAAACAUUAUGCUUCUGUUUUGUAGAGGAUGCAGAUCAGAGGUUUGAAAAUCUACAGACUCGUGCCGGAAAAGUUGAAGACCAAGUACACAGUCUUACAGGUAACUUCGAGAUGAUAAUUGUAUCUACUUUUAGUCUCAUUUACUGAAAGAAGACAGGAGAUCAGCGGUUUGAACUAGUUAAAGAACUAGAAAGGUCAGUUAAGCAGGUUACGUUGGGCGUCAGCGUAGAAACUGACCCUCUAGCUGGCGCUGCCUCUGUUAAGUCCGUCCAGUCUGUUAAGUCCAGUGGUCGUGGAAUGAAAUACCGUGAAUGAGAUCGGAGGACAAGACACGUCCUCUUUACAUUACAUGUUAAUAUAUUAAGAGUAAGCGUGGACGUCAUCAUACCAGGGCACCACUGGCAGUUGCUAUCAGCUAUGAGCUAACUGUAACCCGCCCAGCUCAUGACAUGAAAGAUGUGUGCAAGGCAGACUACGCAACCAUGGAAAUGUUUCCCACUCUUUUCAAACAGUAGUAUGGGAUCUUUUUACGUCCCCUUCGAUUUGGCUAAUGAAAGAAGGAUAAAGGAUACAAGGCCAACGGCUUAACGUCACCGCCUAAAGACACGAUCAUCUUAAUUGAGACAAGAUCUCAAAUCACAGCCAUCAUGAUCUUACCAGUUUUUUUUUCAGACCUUGGUUGUUCGUCAGGCCUAGGUUUGAAGCCCCCAGUCCUCCCGUUAGGUAGACCGGAGCUCUCCCAACUGAAUUGCAAGAAUCACAUUCACUUUCAUAUCAUCAUCCGCAUCUUACAUACCUGUAAUAUACAUGAAUGAUUAGUUUCAUUUAUUCCAAGUCAAAAGAAGGAUAUUUUUUUGCACGGGAAAAAAAUUCCAAGUUUCUCCUUUCUCCUCUCUUUCUCAAUUGCAGCAAAGUUUCAUGACCUGACGGCUAAAGAAUCAGCUUUGACAAACGCUUCUCUUCAAGACCCACUGAUGACAUCUGACGGUAGGUUUGUCAUUAAUGAUAAAUAUAGCAGCGACUUUGACGCUUGAAAUGAAAACGCUAACUCAAUAACCAGAAGUCCAACGUGCGUGAAUUUUCGUCGACUUUAAAAGACGGUCCUUUUUAUCCAGUGUUCAAAUGUAUUUUAUUUUAAACACGGGUGAAAUUAUAUGCCUGAUUUGUUUUUUUCCUAAUUACUCAAUCCAGGUAAACUUGUCGAACUUAUCAGACGAGACUACAAAGGCGCGGUGCUGUGUCCCUUUCCAUGGUGUGAAGACGAACUACAGCUAAAGCUAUCGACCAUCUUUACAAGACUGAAAAUAGUUAGUAGAACAAAAGAACGUUUAAAACUAACGGAUGACGUCGUCAAUAUGACAGAAAUAUUCAAAUCACAUCCAGAAUGCCACAAUCCAAGAGUGGUGCUGAUCGAGGGGAAUCCUGGGAUGGGCAAAACUACGUAUUGUCAAAAGCUGGCUCAUGAUUGGUCCGUGAGGGAAAUUUCAUCAGAUGCUUCAUUUCCUGAAGUGAAGAUAUUACUUCUGUUGAAGUGCCGUGACAUGCACAUGAAAACGGCUGACAUAGAGGAAGCUAUUGAAGAUCAGCUUCUACCACAUGAUACAGGCAAGAAGGAAAAAGAAGACUUCUUUCACUUUAUUCACUCCAAUCAGUCCAGAAUCUUGCUGGUUCUUGAUGGUUUGGAUGAACUACGUGAAGAUCUGGUGCAGGGUUUUUUGCCUUUGAUUCACGGCAAAGUCUUUGCCAAUGUGUACCUUAUGUUAACAGCUCGACAUGAAGCUGGAAUGAGAGUUAGACGUUAUUGUGACACGCUUCUUGAAAUUGUCGGCUACACUCAUGAGGACGUUGAACGUUACAUUAAGAAGUAUUUCAGGGGCCACGAAGAUCAAAGCCUUGCUGACAAAAUGAUAGAACAGUUGCGAAACGACAACCGUUUAAGGGAAUUAACGGUUAAUCCACUCAACACAGCUUUCCUGUGUCUUCUUUGUGAAGAAACAAAAGGAGUGUUUCCUUCCAAAAGAACCAAGAUGUACGAUGAGCUUGUGUCUUGCGCUCUCAGAAGGUAUUUUGCAAAAAUUGGUAUUUUUUUGGAUGACGAAGAUCCAGUGGAGCAAUGUGCAAGUGAGCUGAAUCAAUUGGGGAAGAUGGCAUUUGAGGCUUUGCUUAAGAAUCAGUUAUAUUUUACUCAAGAUGAAGUGAAAUUCCAGUCCCCCACUGUAAAUUUCCUACAGUUGCCGUUUCUUUCCCGUGAGCCAAGUGUGAGUAAAAUCAGACCAACACCAACCUACGCGUUUACUCACAAAACGUUUCAAGAAUACUUUGCGGCGUUUUACUUGGCCCAGCAGCUGUCAUCCGGUGACAAAGACAAAGAGAGAUUGUUGGAUGAACUCAGUCCUAUUGAUAACUGGCAGGUGUGGGAAUUUCUCAUCACAUUAGUGUUAAGUAAGAGUCUUAAAGCGGCAGAAAAGGUUGUCUCUCGCCUUUGUGCUUUCUUUUGUCACAAACGGCCUCUAAGUUUAAUGGAUUUAAAUCGCGACGAUGCUGAUUUGGCUAAGGAAAUCUUUAAAGAUAAUCCGUACGACUGGGCAAGAUAUUUAACAAAACUGAGUAAGGAUGACAGAACGCUAUGCAACGUCCUCACAAAAACACUUAAUCUUAUUGCUGAGUGUGAAGAUGAGAAAAGCGAAUUGAAGGAUUACCAAAGGAAGGUUGUGCAUGUGCUUGCACUCUGCUUUCCACUGCAAAAAUUGGACCUUACACUAAGUGAUAGUAACAGCUCCGUGUUCUCAGAGUAUUUAAAGUUCAACAACAGUCUGACAGACUUCAUGUUGGAUGGUGAUAUACAACCUUUACUCUUAAAAACAAUUGACAAUGUUUUUCAUUCUAAGCAAAGGCUGGUGCGUUUUAGCUUACGAAACGCUUGGGGGAUUCAUGAUUCUUUUAUUAAUUUGAUAUUUCUUCCGCCCGAACGAGAAAAGGCUUACUCAAAUCUGAAUCAACGUCUUCUCUGGAAACAGUUGUUUGGUAUCAAAGCACUACUCGCGGAGGUCCUUCAGUCAGGUCGUGUUUUAACACAUCUUAAUCUAGAGUAUGUGUGGAUUUGCGAUGUAGGAACUCAAGUACUCGCGGAGUUCCUUCCAACAAACCGGUCUUUGACACAUCUUAAUCUAUGUGUAGCCAUGAUCUUUGACCCUGGAGCCAUUGCACUCGGGAACGCUCUUCAGUUGAACUGCUCAUUGACACAUUUGAGUCUUCCGCAAAAUUGGAUCAGUUUUGUUGGAGCUUCUGCUUUAGCGGAAUGUCUGAAGUCCAAUUCUGUGUUAACAUGUUUAGAUCUGAGUCAAAAUCUUGGCGGCGACUCAUUUGCCGUGGCACUGUCGAAAACGUUGGAAUCGAACUGCUCCCUGAAGUACUUAAAUCUGAGUCAAUGUUUUGGAUGCACUGAUAAAAAUACGCCUUUUCCGGAAUGUGCUAAUGUGCACGUUGAAAUGAUUGGGCCUGUAGGAGGAUCAGCCCUCGCAAAAGCUCUUCGAUUCAACUGUACAUUGACUUAUUUAGAUCUUCAGUAUAACAACAUCGGCAACACAGGAGCAGCGGCACUUGGCGAAGUUCUUCGGACAAACACAACUUUGAAGGAAUUAUACCUCACAGAUAAUAAGAUAGGGGAAACAGGAUUAGAAGCCCUCGCAAAGGGACUGCAAUUAAAUCGUACUUUGACCCACUUGAAUCUAAAUUUUAACCUCUGCAUUGGUGAUUCAGGCGCGGCAGCCAUUGCAAAGGCACUACAGAUAAGGGGCACUAAAUUAACCCGGUUAGAUCUAGGUUUUAACAAAAUCAGCUCCUCAGGUGCCACUUCUAUCUCAGAAGCUCUCUGCGUUAACAGUUCUCUUACACAUUUAGGAUUGCAGCGUAAUAAGAUCAACUCUUCUGGCGCUGCCACAAUUGCAAAGUCACUGCAAUCAAAUCGUACAUUAAUUCAUCUGGAUCUGAGAAGUAACGAAAUUGGUGAUUCAGGGGCCAAAGAAUUUGCACACGCUCUUAGGCAUCACAACAACACGUUGGGCUUUUUAGACCUUGGUAACAACUGUUCAAUAAGUUCAGUAGGAAUAGAAAGCCUUGAACAGGUUGAUCAGUCGAAAUGUAUCGUAAAGUAC